AUGUUCCAAGUUCAACGACUAGUUCGCUUCUCCUAUUUUCUCGUCUUCAACAUCACAUCUCUCAUCUCCACAAUGCUCAUCCUAGCUUUUCUUCUUUUCUAUCGGGCCAAUCGACAGGCACUUUACAAUCAUAUCAUCAUUGUUCUUCUUAUUCUUGGAUUUGUCUACGAAUUAACAAACAUUUUGUUUCAUCUGUACAAUGAUUACAAUGGUGUACCUCUUUCAACAUCACCUGAUUUCUACAUUUUCUGGGUGUUUCUUGAUUAUUCGUUGUACUCACUGCAAAUCGCUCUCUUCGCUUGGGCGAGCAUUGAAAGACACAUUCUCAUCUUUCAUGAUCAAUGGUUAUCGACAGCAAAGAAGCGGCUACUUAUUCACUACCUGCCACCAACAAUCAUCAUUGUCUACUAUCUGAUUUACUACUGUAUGGUGUACUUUGACAUACCUUGUGAUUACUCAUUCGAUGGAUAUUUACAUGGUGGUAUUUAUAUUCCUUGUGCAUUUGAUCGCACGUUUCUGGCAACUUGGGAUCUUUUUGUUCACCAGGUCUUUCCCACAUUGCUCAUUGUGGUGUUUUGUGUUGCUCUGCUAGUCCGUGUUAUCAGGCAAAAGGCACGAAUGCAUCGUGCUAAUCGAUGGCGAGAGAGUCGUCGUAUGACAGUUCAGUUGCUAUCAAUCUCAUUAAUCUACCUAUUAUUCAACCUACCGUGGGUGACUAUCAUAUUCGCCUAUCAAUGUGGUUUGCCAGCUUCUGUUGCAAUUGAUGGUAUACUGUUCAGCAAAUUUGUGCUUUAUAAUGUGAUAUUUUGUUUCCCGUACGUUACUUGUCUGUCAAUGAAGCAGUUUCGUGUAAAAAUGAUGGAGCUGACUUGUUAUCGAGGAAGAGGAAGACAAGUGAUACCUCGCACUAUAACAGGAAAUGCUGCGCAGGGUGGAACACAGUUGCAGUGA